GGCGGUUGUGUCGAUCUCAGCUUCAGCCGGAGACCCUGGCCGAACCAUGGCGGAGAAAACUCAAAAGAGUGUGAAGAUUGCUCCUGGAGCAGUUGUAUGUGUAGAAAGUGAAAUCAGAGGAGAUGUAACUAUUGGACCUAGGACAGUGAUCCACCCGAAAGCACGAAUUAUUGCAGAAGCUGGGCCAAUAGUGAUCGGUGAAGGUAACUUAAUAGAAGAACAGGCCCUUAUCAUAAAUGCUCACCCAGAUAAUAUCACUCCUGAUGUUGAAGAUCCAGAUCCCAAACCUAUGAUCAUUGGCACCAAUAAUGUGUUUGAAGUUGGCUGUUAUUCCCAAGCCAUGAAAAUAGGAGAUAAUAAUGUCAUUGAAUCCAAAGCAUAUGUAGGCAGAAAUGUAAUAUUGACAAGUGGCUGCAUCAUCGGGGCUUGCUGCAACCUGAAUACUUUUGAAGUCAUCCCUGAGAACACGGUGAUCUAUGGCACAGACUGCCUUCGUCGGGUGCAGACUGAGCGACCACAGCCCCAGACACUACAGCUGGAUUUCUUGAUGAAAAUCUUGCCAAAUUAUCACCACCUAAAGAAGACUAUGAAAGGAAGCUCAACUCCAGUUAAGAACUAAGAGCAAUGUAUGACAUGACGAUAACAUUUCAUCUUUCGCCGCUGUCCUUUGAAAGGGCCCCCAGUUUAUGUACUCUUAACAGCUCACAGAGUAAUAAUACAUGUUGACUUUAUUUUGUAAAAUUGAAUUAGAGAGGAAAGUAAUGGGUUUUCAUUGUUAACUGUCCUCUAUAAUUCAUAUGGAAUGUAUUAUUUUCCUAUAUCCUUGUUCCUUUUCUGAUAAUUUGCAAAUUUAGUUUAUCUUGUAUUAUAUAAAAUGUUAAUCACAAAUUUUAUUUAUGUAAAAGACUACCCAUGAUAAGAAAAGACAUAUUGUUACGUAUUUAUACUCUAGCAUAUACUAAACCAAAUAAAAAUGCUGAAGACUGGGCUUUAA